AUGGCCGAUAGCUGCGGUCGCAUCACUUACGGCUAUGUCGAUCCCAACUUCGCUCGACCCAACACCGAUGACUCGGCGUGUAUAAUCAUUUAUGGAUAUGUACCCUCUUUGGCCGUCGGAUUACUCGGCGUUAUCUUGUUCGUGGUCGCCCUGGGAUUUCACCUGUUUCUACUCCUGCGGCAUCGAACCUGGUAUUUUAGCACCGUCGUUGUCGGGUUGGUGAUGGAGAUCAUCGGCUAUCUCUUCCGCAUUCUCGCCUCAAAGAAGAACCCUUAUGCCGUCUCCUACUUUGUCGCGCAAUACUUCUGUAUCGUAGUUGCGCCAGUCUUCUUUUCCGCAGCGAUAUAUACCAUCAUCUCGGUCAUGAUCAACAUCACUGGCCGCAAGUACGCGCCGAUAUCUCCCAAAGUGUUACUCUGGAUAUUCAUCGUCUGCGACGCCGUUGCGACUGGGGUCCAGAUUGCUGGCGCUGCGCUUGUCGGGAGGGCUUACUCUGACCAAAAAGAUCCAACCACGCCAAAUAAUAUCCUCCUGGCAGGCUUGGCAUUUCAAGUCUUCUCGUUUGCCGUCUUUAUCCUUUGUUUCGUCUUAUUCACCUACAAGGCGAGAAAAGUGCUUGACAAAGAACUGAAAAUGUUCGCUGUGGCGGUGCUGGUUGCAUCUCUGGCUGUAUAUUUGAGGACGAUAUUCCGUCUUGCUGAAACUGCAGAGGGCCUUUUGGAAUACUUGUCAACUCACGAGGUCUUUUUUGGCUGCUUGGAGUUUCUGCCAAUCGUUGUGGCAGUUUAUGUCUUAAUCUAUUGGCAUCCAGGUCGUUGGCUAGGAAAAGGCCGCACACCCACGACUAUCCAGGAUGAUAUUGCCACAGGAACGAGGCAAAAGUAG